AUGCUCGAUCGAAAGAUAGGCUACCACCACACAUCCCAUCAGCCGCCGCGGAUAACCGAGCACCCCGUAGAUACGACCGUAGCGCGUCACGAACCUGCUACGUUGAACUGCAACGCCCAAGGUGAUCCAGAACCGACCAUUACGUGGUACAAAGACGGGCAAGUGCUAAGAACGGCGCCACAAGACGCCAGGUCUCACAGGGUCCUACUACCAGCGGGAAGCCUGUUUUUUCUAAGGGUGGCUCAAAGCAGGAAAGAGUCCGAUGCUGGUACUUACUGGUGCGAGGCAAGUAACGUACUGGGGAAGUCUAGGAGCAGGAAUGCGACGUUGACAGUGGCAGAAGAUAGAAGUUCAACUCAAAGGAGGACAGCUAAAAUAAGAAGAUCAGAAAAGUACCCCAAACAAAAUAAAAGACCAGUAUAG